AUGCACAAGCAGCAGGUUCCUCAUGUUCUCACCGUUGCCGGCUCCGAUUCCGGUGCCGGUGCCGGAAUCCAAGCUGAUCUUAAGGCUUGUGCUGCUCGCGGAGUCUACUGCUCCACUGUCAUAACCGCUCUCACUGCACAAAACACCGCUGGUGUUCAGGGUGUCAACGUUGUCUCUGAGGAUUUUGUUGCAGACCAACUCAAGUCUGUGCUGUCUGACAUGCAUGUUCAUGUGGUGAAAACAGGCAUGCUACCUUCUUUAGGCAUAGUCAAAAUUCUUCAUGAGCAUCUGAAGGAGUACCCAGUUCGUGCUUUAGUGGUUGAUCCUGUUAUGGUAUCUACAAGUGGAGAUGUACUGGCUGGCCCUUCCAUUAUAGCGGGGUUCAGAGAGGAGCUUUUUCCUAUUGCUGACAUUGUAACCCCAAAUCUAAAAGAGGCGUCUGCUUUACUGGAUGGUCUUAAAAUAUUAACAGUCUCUGACAUGCGCUCUGCUGCAAAAUUACUACAUGAUAUGGGCCCACGAAAUGUCCUUGUCAAAGGUGGAGACCUUCCUGAUUCAUUGGAUGCUGUUGAUAUCUUCUUUGAUGGUGAGGACAUAUAUGAGCUGCGCUCUUCACGCAUAGAUACUCGUAAUACUCAUGGUACGGGUUGCACUUUGGCAUCAUGUAUUGCAGCUGAACUGGCAAAAGGCUUGUCAAUGCUCGAGUCUGUUAAGGUAGCAAAGUGCUUUGUUGAAACUGCCUUGGAUUACAGCAAAGAUAUUUUCAUUGGAAAUGGUCCCCAAGGCCCCUUUGAUCACCUAAUGACGCUUAAGAAUAGCAUUCACAAGUCUGCUGGACAAGUCAGAUUCAAUCCAAGUGAUCUAUUCUUGUAUGCUGUCACAGAUUCGGGUAUGAAUAGAAAGUGGGGCCAUUCAAUCUCAGAUGCUGUUAGAGCUGCCGUAGAAGGAGGUGCUACCAUUGUCCAACUAAGGGAAAAGGACAUUGAAACACGGGAUUUCCUAGAAGCAGCCAACUCAUGUGUCCAGAUUUGUCGUUCCCAUGGAGUGCGUUUACUAAUAAAUGAUCGGAUUGAUGUUGCACUUGCUUGUGAUGCUGAUGGUGUGCAUAUUGGGCAGUCAGACAUGCCAACCCAUGUUGCACGUGCUCUACUUGGCCCUGAGAAAAUCAUUGGUGUAUCUUGCAAGACACCUGAGCAUGCAGAACAAGCAUGGAUUGCGGGUGCCGAUUACAUUGGUUGCGGCGGUGUAUAUCCAACUAAUACAAAGGAAAACAAUCUCACCAUUGGCUUGGAAGGGCUGAAAAAGGUUUGUUUGGCUUCUAAAUUACCUGUGGUAGCAAUCGGUGGGAUCAAUGCUUCAAAUGCACAAUCGGUGAUGCAAAUUGGUGUACCAAACCUGAAAGGUGUUGCUGUUGUGUCGGCAGUGUUUGAUAGGGAAUGUGUGUUAACAGAAACCAAGAAGUUGCGCGCACUGCUAACGGAGGCAACACAAGUAGUGAAGUGAAGAUAUACACAGAUGAGGUCUUCCAGCAAAGAUCAGGACCUUAAUUACUAUAUCCAUGAGUUCAUUGUACCUAAAACAAAAGCUGAUAUUGCAGCACAAUAAAGACCCCUGCGCUCAUGGUUAGCUUCCUCAGUAUGGACGUUUGCUUACUCAGAAUGGGCUCUUACUCGUCAUGGACGUUUGCUUUUUGUAAUAUUUUUCAUUGUGGAUUGCGAUGAUAUAAUGUGAUUUUCUGCGCUAAUUAAUUUCUGAUGAUAGGUGACCAUGUUCUUGGCAUGUGAUUUUUUAGUGGGUGGAGAUACAAGUUCAAUUAUUUAUACAUUAUCUUAUUGAAUUUC